AUGGAAGCUGAGGAAGCAAACAACGCAGGUGAGGACGAAGUAGGGGUACUAGGAGUCGAGGACGUCAUCCAACCCGUACCCAGCGACGUCCUCCUGUCGGUCGCCUGCCUGCUCUCCGUCCUCUUGACUCUCUUUGGCCUCGCCGCUGCUCUACAGACUCAUCUGGUCCGCAAGUUGCAGCUUGGCAUCUCAACGUCUCUUGUAGAAGUUCCAGUAAAAACGUCAGAGUCCCGAUCUGCUCCGCAGAUACCAUCUCAUCCACAUUCGUCCCGUAGCGUCCAAGAACUGCCCAUUGCUUUCCAAAUAUACCCCAAGGAGGUUUACAGAGGGAGUUCGAGGAUCUUUUGCGUUUUCAACGAUGGCGUGGACCGCGUCGGCCGGUCAAAUGUUGCUUUCACCAUUGAAACAUUCCCGUACCAUCUAUGCACAGACGCGCUGUACUGCUGCUGUGGCAUCGACGCCAGGAGUCUGACCCUCGUUCCCAGGUCCUCAGCAGCCACGGUGUUGAAAUUUCACGCAAUCAAGCUCCGGAAUCCUUCCAUUCGCAUCUGGGUAACGGCAGGUGGCGCUAGUGAGGCGAAUCAGGCUUUUUCGAGAAUCGUGACGGAUGCCGAAGCCAAGCGGCUCUUCGUGCGCCAAGCUGUAGACUGGCUUCUGUACUUUGGUUACGAUGGCCUCAACAUUCAGUGGAGUUUCCCAGAUCUUGAGCACAGAGAGAGCUUAACGGCCUUGAUGCAAUCCCUGAAGACAGCGUGUGGGCUCACCAGAAAGCUUCUGGCGCUCGCGGUUCCCGUCGACGAGACUAAACGUCGGGGCUUUGACGUGGAGGCACUCGCAGAAAUACUCGACGGCAACUCCAUUCUGAUGAUGCAGUCGACCCCUCUGGAACAUCUCUACAACCAGACGUUCUUCAUACAUACCCAAGAAGAGGUAGAGAAAUAUGCUCGAAUCGCACAAGCGAUUAACUCAACAACGAGCAAGGUUUGCUACGUGGUCUCCAUCGCUGAACCGUCUCUGUUCUUGACCAACCGCAGUCGGUGGAACAUCGGUGACGAGGCUAAGGGCCCCUGGAGGUCCAACCUCUCUUCCACGGCAGGUGUGUCGGCUUUCGAUGACGUGUGCAAGCAGCAUUGGAUUGUAUCGAAGAGGAUGCAGUAUGGUGUGUACUCGAGAAAAGGUGACCGCUGGGCGGGGUAUCUGACCAGGGACACUAUGCGAGAGUUUUUGAUGGACAUCACCAACGUGACUGGAGUACGGCGCUGUUUAGGUGUCGCCGAUCCCGAAUGGGAUGAUUUUUCGGGUGUCUGCGAUACUAGAAGCCCGUACCCGCUGACUCGCGUUGUGUUUGCAGUCGCAACGGGCAUUGAGAAGGCUCCUCGCCCGCCAGACGAAGAUGACAUCUGA